GAUUUCUCGUCUCUCUGACUCGAAAGUGAGAGCUUGAGCUCGAGCAAAGGGACGAGGCGAGAGGAGGGGACAGGAGGGGGAUGCAGCUGUGCGAGAAUUGUUUGCAAGAAUGCAAACAAUUGUUGCGAGGCCCGGGACUCUGAUGUUCGCGAGCACCCGGUUGGUCUUGAAUCGCCGGUCUUUCGGUUGGUCCAGAACGUCGCUGGUGGGUGGUGCUGGUGCUGGGACGAAGAGUGUCGGCAGAGCAGGAGCAGUGGCUGUAUGGAUGGGGCGAGAAGUGCAAGAUUGCGGAAUGCGGAGGAAUGGUGUCGCAUGUGCGAUGGGCAGGAGCGACGCUGAGACUCUGGUCGCGGUUUCGGACCUCGGGUUUUGCAAGCCCUCGUCUCUCGUUGUGGUUUCUUUCUACAAGUUUGCCGACUUGCCUGAUUAUGCGGACAUGAGAACGCCUUUGCGCGAGCUCUGCGAAGCACAUCGGGUUUCCGGUGGAAUCAUUCUGGCUCCCGAAGGUAUUAAUGGUAGCAUAUGUGGUACUCGAGAGUCGCUGGACAAGGUUUUCGCUUUCUUAGAAUCUGAUGAACGAUUCAAGAAUCUUCGUAAGACUGAGGCUCCCGCGACCCGAGAAGAUGAAGAUAUUCAUGAUGGCCAUUCUAAAAGUUCUCCUCUUGGAGCUGGAGACGAUGCUCCUUUCCGAUGGGGCCACGUGAGAGUCAAGCUGAAAAACGAGGUCGUUCCUUUAGGAGUUCCAGGCGUAAAUCCUUCUCAGAAAGUGGGAAAGUACGUGAAGCCAAAGGAUUGGAACGCUCUAAUAUCUGAUGCAGACACUGUCACUAUUGAUGUUCGGAAUGAUUAUGAGAUCAGAAUUGGAAAAUUCAAAGGAGCUGUAGAUCCUGAAACACAAGCUUUCCGUGAAUUUCCUACCUGGGUCGAAAAUAGGUUCGGACUGAAGGAAGCAAACUCUGAAGAUUUUUCCGAAGAUUAUAUGGCUGAGGCUUCUCAUCAGCCUUCACCCGGAUAUUCAAGCUCUAAAGAUGAAAAUAAUAGGCACUCAACAUCACAACCAAAACGAAUCGCCAUGUAUUGUACCGGUGGGAUAAGAUGUGAAAAAGCGACAUCCUAUUUUAUUGAAAAAGGAUUCGAUGAGGUAUAUCAUCUGGAGGGUGGAAUUUUAGGAUAUCUGGAGGAGGUACCAGCUGAACGAAGUCUUUGGGAGGGUGAAUGUUUUGUGUUUGACAAACGAGUUUCUGUAGGGCAUGGUUUGAAGCAAGGAUCGCACAGCCUUUGCUACGGUUGCAAGAAACCCGUCAACGAUGAGGACAAGAAGCACCCGUUGUGGGAAGAAGGGGUGUCGUGUGCGUACUGUUUCCACUCGAAGACAGAUGAAGAAAGAGCUAGGGCGAGGGCCAGAGAAGAGCAAUCUCGUCUGUUUGGAGUUAUAGGCGGUCCUGAUAGAGGAAAGAGACCUGCGCAGAAGAAGCAAGGCAUACAAAGCUAAGAUGUACUGCUAUUAUAAGCAAGAGGCCCAACAUUGCUUUGGAGAACGAUGCAUUGCACUUUUUCCAAUCACAAGUCUCUACCGUGAGUCUAACUUCCACGCUGGUUCUGAAUGAUUGGUCCGUAACCAUGCGCUCAAUUGAAAGUGGUUUUUGUAGUACACACCUGAUGAAUGUGC